AUCUUACGCCGUGUCACAGUCUGCCGCAGGCUCGCCAGUGCUAGUGCUCGUUUGACUCCGUGUUGGCUGACUCCUUGCCAGUGCCCAUUGGCCUCGUUCCAUCGUAUAAAUUUAGUGAUACCCAGUACAAUUUGCGUUAUAAGUUCAUUCUUUGGCGACUGGUUAUACUUAGUCUUGCCAUCACUCAACGAGUGGAACUGCACUAGAAACCAGUCGAGCUUACCUUCCCUUUGCGACACCCUUUCUCGCUUUCCUGGUCAACAUUACCGUCACAAGUGUGUAUAGAUCUGGUCCGUCAUGGCUCAAUCAGGAGGACACUGGCACCCCAAUCCACAGCUCAUGCAGCAACAAGCCAUUCCUCACGGUUGGAAAGGCACCUGGCCGCCACCAGCUGGUGUUGCUCUUCCUCCAAAUUUCCCUGGCCCGCCACCUAUGCCGCCUGGCGCCAACACUCACCCGCAUUGGAAGGCUGGUUUCUGGCAGUAUAACCCUGCACAUAACAUGAAUGCAGGUCCCGGUAUUCCCUGGGCACCCGGCAUGGGGUGGGCUCAAAACGUCCCUGCUAACUUUAAUCCCUACAAGCGCGUCCCGCGUCCCGCAAGUCCGAGCUACUGGCGGACACAGCUCUCCGACAAUGGGCUUGGUUUGCAGGACAUGGUCCCUGCUAGAACAGAUCGAGAUCGAGAGUCCACCAGAGAUGUACAAGGGGAUGCUGUGCCACAAACUCCGUGGAUAUGGAAUCCUCCGAGUCUAUUACCGACGGAUGGACCAGACCGUGCAACCCCGACGAAGGACUUUAACAAUCGUCGGAGCUCGCAAGAUAGUAGUCGGAGUAACUCGACCCCGACCAGUUUUGGUCCCCCACGAAGAGGUUCGCAGGACAGCCACAACACCGCAAAUACGGGCACACCUGUACGAGACUAUUUUUACAGUCAUCCAGCCUCAAGACAAGGUUCCUUAGACAGCCUCAUCCCCCGCUCACAGGGCCUGAACCAACAAACCAUCUCCUCAUCAACUCCGCCACCACCAUCCUCACAUGGCCGUAUGGGUUCGAUUUACUCAAGUCGGACAUCAUCAUUCGGACCGCAAUAUGUGCCUCCCUUUCCAGCUCCGCCAUCUUCAGCUCCGUCUACAUCAACGGCCACAUCGUCAUUGGCAACCCGCAUACAGCAACCUCUUCAUGCACCCAUGUUCACUAGAGAGCCAGAGUCAUUUACGAUCACGGCAGACCUCCAACCUACAUUCACAUCCAAUGCCGUGCGGACCCCUACUCACUAUCAAGGGACACGCAGAUAUACAGAUGAGGAUCUCGACCAUCCUUCACGCUCGUCUUCAGCGCCUCAUGCGAGCGCUUCCCGUGGUCUUUCAGUGCCGGAACCCCUUUCGCGGCAUCAUUCACUCCCAACCACGUCCUCACCAUCCUCCAUGGGUUUUCUAUCCGCGUUUACAGAGGAUAUGGCUAGUGUACUGAGCCCCCUAAUCAAUCCCGCGCAAAGAUCUGUUGCUACCGGUUCGUUAUCACGGAGUAGGACAGAGCCCGUGAUUCCACCUGCCCAUUUAACAACCAUACCAGAAUCUAUGUCGUCAUCUACCCAUCCGAGCGCUGAUGACUUUUUCUAUCCUCUAUCUGUACCUGCAGAUUCUGACGAGGAAUCGCCAGAACCGUCACCUUCGCGUGAUCGUGUUCGCACGCGGGAGAUGGAACGCGAACGGGAGAGAGAUCACGGGCGACGUAGGGAAAGGAGUCAGGAAUAUGAACGAGCGAAUCGCUUGACGCCAUAUAACACUAGCUCACGGCCAAAUCCUCUCCCGCCACCCCCGAUGGAGCGCCCCAACCCUGCUGCGUCUGCACCGCCUCAUCAGUCCCCCGAGCCCGCACAUUAUACACGACGCGUACGAAAGGGGUUCUGGAACAGACGUGGUGACUACCUCACGGCGAAUUCGUAUGUCGUCUAUGCACCAGAGGAUAAGGCGUACCCUGCAGAGUUGCAGCACUACCCAAACGAGACGGAAGGAUAUAAAGAUCAGUAUGGUGCCUUUGUACCGUAUUUGCUGGAGAGGCCAGAGUUACCUGCGAGUUUACCAUACCAUGGACGGCCUCCAGCGCAGCCGUAUGACAGCUUUGUCGUUUACAGUUAUCAUUGAGGACGGGAGGAAUAAUUUACUGAUACUUGUUGCAAGUCAUUGAUGGGACACCGGAGCAUGCAUACACAGAUCGAUUACAUUGUAUAAGUAAAAUUAUAAAUACUAC